AUGGAAAACCCCUCCAAAGAUGAGCUUUGUGAGUUGAUGGACAAGCUGCUUAUUAAUUCGCUCGAGCUGAUCGAACAGGACGUUCAACUGAGCCAGGAUAUAGCGCGGCUAACGACCGAAGGCCAGAUGGAACUGGCCCACACGCGCUUCACCAAAGGACCGAUGGCGGUCAGUGCCGUACAGCUGCCAACAGAAGAUUACAAAGAGUUUCGGGCACUUCAUACUGUGACGGAAGAUGACGAUGGGAGUGAUUUACCAACCAUUCCACAACUUUCGCUCGACAGCCAUCCGGUAGAUGUAGACGUCGGGCGGAUUGAUCCGAGCGGCUGGUUUGGCAUUUUGCGUCCUCCAUCGUUGAACAAUGCUAAGGAACGGUUUACCCGCUCGCUUGAUUCCAUUGUGGAGCGAGCCAACGUACGUAUAAAGUUGAACAGCUAUUUGAAUGUAUUUGAAAUGCUUCAUAAGCGUACGACAGAACUGAAAUGA